GAAUGUUGAACCCAGUAAAUGAAGGAGUUAAAACAUUGUUUGCCGUUAACAUGUUUUGUAAUGGCAUAAGCUGGAUUUGAUUUACUUUUUUCCCAGCACUCUCACAGAUGACCGAGUGGUUAUUGUAGUAAGGUGACAGCCUUUGCGUCUCCAUAUAGCAUUGCAGACUAAAGGAGAAGUAUUCUGCUUACUUGUUGGGUAAAGUGCUGCCAAGUCUGAAAUGUUUCUUUCUGCAGAAUGUAUCCCUAAAGCUGCAGUAUUACUCCCUGUGCAGUGCCACUGAAGCACAUCUUAUUGUAGGAAAUUAGUCAUGGUGCCCUUGGUGGUCCUGCAAGUAUUGUGGAACCACUAAACUCUCCUGAAACGGUAAGAGGAAGAGCAGUGAGCAGCUGUGUUCAGGAAAUAAAUCCAUGGAGUGAAGAGGAUCCAGCCUGUGGCUCCCUCCUCCCCUCUUUAGAAGGAGGCUGAGCUGUUGAGUUUCUGACAUCACUCCGUAGGGUUGUGUAAACUAAACAUUCACUACUUUAAAAGCCGACAAUCUCUAUUUCGUACCUCAGUGAGAGAGAAAUGAGAGCAGGGAUGCAUAUGUCAUAGCUAAGCACAGAGGAAAGACUUCUGCAAAAGGAAGACCCUUGGAAGAUUUGGGUGAAUUUGAUGAAGAUCUAUGUUUGCAGAAUCUGCCAUUUCUGAACUUUUCAUGAAGUCCCUCAAAGUUUUGUUUUUAUGCUUAAGAAAAGUGUGGACUGAUGGAGCCUAGAGAUCUGGAUUUCUCAUCUCUCUAGAGUGGGCAGUGGGUGUUUUGGAAAAGCUGCUUAUCUUUUUGAAUUUCUUCAGGAGGUUAUGGCAUCACAACUGUCAUACUCCAUCCAAGCCACCGCUGUUAUAGCAGCAAUUAUCACCUUUCUCAUCCUCUUCACCAUAUUCGGCAAUGUUCUGGUGGUUAUAGCGGUGCUGACUAGCCGCUCACUGAAAGCUCCUCAAAAUCUCUUUCUGGUGUCGCUGGCCGCAGCAGACAUCUUAGUUGCCACUCUUAUUAUUCCCUUCUCCUUGGCAAAUGAGCUAAUGGGAUACUGGUACUUCGGCAAGACCUGGUGUGAGAUGUACUUGGCACUGGAUGUUCUCUUCUGCACAUCGUCCAUAGUGCACCUUUGUGCCAUUAGUUUGGACAGGUACUGGUCAGUCAGUCAAGCUAUUGAAUAUAAUUCCAAGAGGACUCCUAGGAGGAUAAAGUGUAUCAUCUUAAUAGUUUGGACUUUGGCAGCCUUGAUCUCCCUGCCACCAUUAAUUUACAAAGGAAAGAAGGAAGACCACAACAAAGACGAGCCUCAGUGUAAAUUGAAUGAGGAGCCCUGGUAUAUUCUUUCCUCCAGCAUCUGCUCUUUUUUUGCUCCCUGUCUGAUCAUGAUUUUGGUGUACCUCAGAAUUUAUCUAAUCGCCAAACGUCAGAGUAGGAAGAACACCAACGGCAGUAAACCUAAAGAGAGGACAUGUAAGUUAUUUUGCCCCCGUGCUGGACACAGUGUGAAGAAAUCAACAGGUCAUGCCUGUUCUAAUCCAGAUGAGAAGCUGAGUUCUGUGCCCCCUGACCUGUGUCCUGUCAAAGUGGCCCAUCCUGUCCUAAAGGAGAAUACAGAGCCUGGAGGCCUUAAAGAGACCAAUGGCCAUGGGCCUUCAAUGAUGGACAGCAUGGUCACGUCCAAAGGUGUUGUACUGUUGCCAAAAAAGCCAAUAGACUCUGUUUCUUCCUUGUCCAAAAAGAAAAGCCAUAUCAACCGCGAGAAGAGGUUUACCUUUGUUCUAGCUGUAGUUAUCGGUGUCUUUGUAUUAUGUUGGUUCCCUUUCUUUUUUACCUACAGCCUUCAAGCCAUAUGCCCUGAACUCUGUUACAUUCCACAAAGUGUGUUUCAGUUCUUUUUCUGGAUAGGGUAUUGUAACAGCUCCCUCAAUCCUGUGAUAUACACCAUAUUCAACCAGGACUUCAGAAAGGCUUUCCGUCGGAUUCUGUGCAGGCACUGGACUCACUCUGUCUGGUGAGAAAGAUUUCUCCUUCUAGAAACUUUUUUAUUUAUUGGGUACAUGAAGGAGAGAGCUAAAGAGGGAGUUAAAACUGUACAUUCUCUAGUAAACCAAAUCCAUCUCUAACAUCUUCAUUGUGUAUUCCUGAUGAUGGAGAAUAUCUCCUGCUUUACACAAUAUUGCUGUCCCAAGCUGAGCUUGGGUAAAUAAAAGUGCUUAUAUUUGUGUUUCAA